GAGAUAAGUUACAUGACACAUGUAGCAUAAAACAUACUCCAGUUAUGUCAUAUUCCCAUAAAGUAUUAUGGGAUACAUAAUCACAAUAUAAACCCUCCUGGUUCAGAAUGUAAUCCAGCCAUGAACUGAGGGUUAAAAGGAAAAAGCCCUAUGGGUGGGUUAUUCUGUAAUUGUCCAUUACAAGGUUUCUUGCAUCUUCCUCUGACCCAUCUGGUACUGGCCAUGGUCAGAGACAAGGUACUGACUAGUUGGAGCAAAGCUCUUAUCUGGUAUGUUAGUUCUUAUACUCCUAACUGCCAGGUGAAUGGCUUAUACUCUGCUCCUCUAAUCCUCCCUACCCCACUCCUUUCAUUUUCCUUUUCUUUAAAAAAAAGCUCCUAGAAAUAAAAUGCAAAGCAUUGUUUUAACUCCUUAGUUCUAAUGUACAUUGAUAACUGGAGGCAACAUUAUAGAGUGUCACUGCUUCUGGAUCACUGAAACUUUUGGGUAGCACUGCCAGCUCUGCAGCUCUUCCGAGCCUGAUGCUGAGUGGUACCUGGGUCUGUGUGUGUCAGACCCUUCUUACCCAAGCACUAGUCCUGCUUGAAUGUGUGUAUGCCUGGGUGCCCAGUGCUGACAGUCAUCUUACUCAGGAACCAGCUGUGCUCAGCUGUGGGUGCAUUCAGAUGCCCAAUGCUGGCAGAACCAGGCACCAUCUGUGCCCAGCCUCAGAUAUAUUUAUAUGCUACUAAUGAGUGUACUGAGGAGCUGGCUAUUCAAACUGAGUUGAGUGUAAUGUCUGAUACCUGUAUGUUUCAGGCAGAGGCAAAAUCCCCUGUCCUACACUAUGUGGAUGAUAGUGCAAACACAUGUAAAAUCCUCAGUCACUUUCUGAACAUCAGUAUUCACGUAUCCAGACCCUGGGAAGGAUGGAGUAGUGAGGCCACCGCAGAGAGAUUAGGCACAUGUCUAUUCUCCAGUUGCCACAGCCUCAGAUGUGGAAAAGCCUUGUGAGAUGUAGAGAUGCACUGAAUGCUGGAUGUAUUCAACAGCACAAGUGAGCACUGAAACACAAAGAUGUGGGGCUCAAGAGGAGCAGUCAGAUUUCUCCUUUCAGAGUGAUUCAGAAGGGGUUUUCUGCAAUGUGAGUAAAGCCAGGAUAGGCUGAGCUGAAGCGAAUCCAUAAAUGCUACCUUCUUACAACACCCACCUCAAGCUGAGGAACUUCUAGGAUACAGCCCUGAGCUCCCUUUCUUGAGCUAAGGGGCACCUCAGAGAACCUCUACCAACGCUGAUGCUUGGUUGAAACAGAGUUUGGAUCUGAAAUCUAUCUGGGUAUGUACAGUAUGCUCAUCACCACUGUAUCUGAGUGCCUUACAGAAGUCCAUGGGUCUGCCAAGUAGUCUAACCAAUGCUGUUUUGUGGUUCUGUCUAUCUACCUAUCUUCUGUCUCUCUUUAGGCAUUUACGUUGCACACAUUGUCUAGGAUUCUCUUGCUCUGGAUUGUGGGGAAGGGUGUAUAAGACAUUUAAUAUUAUUUAUUGAAAAGUCUGGCAAGGAAGGCAGCAAUGAGAUUUGUGAUCAUUUUAACCUUUCAUGGAAGGAUAAUCCAAAGCUACAGGCUGUCUGCUCAGAAAGUUCUGCAUGCUGUAGCUGACAGUUCCACUGUUCCUGGGGAUGCAAAUACUAUGACUGGAGAGAGAACCUGGGCCCAAACCAUGCAUGAUCAUAUAUUGAAUGGGGAGCACUCGUACUGUCCCGAGCACCAGGAAGGUGUGCUCGUGCUGUCUUGCAUUGUAUAACAGGUAAGCUCACGUUUUUAACUGGCUGGAGGCUUUUCAGCACUGGUGGGUAAAGUGGGUUACCACUGAGCAGGAAGGUCACAGGGAAUCGAUCACAGGGAAUCAGUGAGGGAACUGUUCCCACAAAAAUGAAGAGCUGAUACAGUAGAGUUCAUUGGGUAACAUUUCUUGCUCUUUUCUCAGCUCCAGCUCUCAGAAACAGCUGGCACAACAGCAGUUCCCAAGUCCUAGGGUAUUCCUGUAUAAGAAGUACCAUCAUCAAAACAACUGCCGAGUGGCAGCUGUUGAGUGGCAACUCUUCAUCUUCAAGAGUGGAAAAAACUAUGAAUGGGAGCUGUGUCUCUGAGCAGGAUGGGGAUAGCUCGAGUUCAGGACACUCAGGUGGGCAGAAAGAAGAGCCCUUUCUCCAAAGAGACUCAUUGUUCUCUUCCCCCAGUGUGUCCAUCAUAUCACAACUCCUCAGCCAGACAAUUGCUAACAGGGGACUGGAUCCAAACUUCCUUUUCCCUUCCUCGCAGACAACAGAAUCACCCCAGGAAGCCAGGGACUGCCCAUCUUUUAGGGAAGGGACACCAACCCUGGCCUCCCCUCUGUGCUACACUCCAAUCUCCAGUUUUGGUGACACAGACCAGUUCUAUAAUGAACACUUACGAGCUAAGAGAGCCAGAGUGGAAAGCAUUAUCCGAGGUAUGAGCCUCUCACCAAACCCUACCGCACUUGGUACCAAUGAGGAAAGAGACAGAGAAUGCCCUGUGGAGAAAAGAAGCGAGUACAGGGAGAACAAGAGAAAGCAGAAGCUUCCCCAGCAGCAAAGCCCACAUGUAGCACAGCUUGCAGGAAGAGGCAGGAGCAGCACCAAGGCAGAGGAGUGCCGCCAACUGAGGGAACAGCUUCAAGUUUUGCAGCAGCAGCUGAAGCAUCUUCAAGAGAAAUUCUUGCAGGUUUAUGAGUUCAGUGAUUCAGAUCAAAGCCACAAAGGGAUGGAGAAGACGAUGCACUUACUGAAGGGGAAGUGUGGAGACAGUCUAGAUGAAAGCUAUCAGGCUGCUACCAGUGACCAACACAGAACUCUUCUUUGGAGGAGCAUCUCAGAGAUGGAAGGCCACAAAGUGUCAGAAGAAGAAAGGAGAAUAGGGGAUCUGGGUGAACUGUCCUCUGAAGAAAGAACCUUUUCUGAGACAUUAAAGCAUGAGCUAGCCACAGUGGUAUCUCAGGCUGUGGACAUGGUUUUGAAAAAAGUAUUGUCCAAGCCAUCAGGCCAUCUGGCUCAGCUGUACAACAGCCUCCCAAUCUCAGCGCCAGACAGUAGAAGAGAGGAUUUUGCCGCUGAGGAAUACUCUAUCAGAAAAUGGCUUCCUGGGGCUUCCUCUCAAAAUGUGGUAAACUCACUGACUGAAGGCCAUACAGAGGCCUUGUCACUAGUCAUGGAUAAGUGUCCAGACUUUCAUGUUCACCCAAUCAGUUCAAGAAUGGCUAGAAAACCUUGCCAUGUACCUAACAUGAAUUACCCCUUGGUCAUGACUUCUCAAGUUCAAGAAAAAGAGAUUCUUAGCCAGCUACUAGAGUACAGUCAAAAUGGCCACUGGAACAGCAGCUCUCAUAGAAUUGCCUGUUCCCCAGACAGGUCUUCUCAAGAGUCCCUAGAUCUACCUUGGAGUGCAGUCAAAUUGAAGUCAUCAGUCAUGAGACACCAGCAAUAUCCAAUGUCCCUUAACACCGCUGAAAUGGAAAGUUUGACUUUUCUUCCAGCCAGGAAGGCAGAAUGUGGAGAGCUGCAGACUGUGAUGGAUGGGAUGCCCUUCUCCUCAGUCCAUAUAUCCUUUAGUGACCAUUAAAGAUCAUCAGAGCCUCAAGCAUGAGUAGCUGCUCUUAAGGUUGCCCCCUCACCUACAUGCAUGAAUCAGAGAUAGUACAGGGGCUGAUUAGCUAACAGGAUUUCAUGUACUACUGUGAGAAAGCAGGUCAUCGGGCUCCCCUUUCACAUGGCACUGGCAGAGGGGCCUGGGCAGGAGAGACUGGCUGUCUCAGAUCUGAACCCUCCUGAACGCCUAACAAAUAAGCUCCCUCUUCUGCAUUCAGGAGGGCUGUACUGAGCUCUAGUCAGAGAUCACUUUUGUUACUCCUGCUUGACCAAAAGGUGGCGCUAUUAGCUAACACUGCUCACGUCAAAGACUCAGCGAGAUCUCAUUGGGGAAGACCGUGAGUUCUCAGCCUGCUGGAGCUCCCUGCCCCAUCAGACUCCAGCAGAGACCCCAUUAGUCACCAGUGCUCCCCAGGACAGGCCUGUGGACUGAAACUUUCUUCCCACCCAGAGUGAACACAUUUGAUUUUCAGGAAAACUGUCCAGUGGACUAGCAAAAGGCCCAUUUUGGUGCUAAUGCUCUGCACAUCCAAAAUUAGGGUUGUGAGGCGUCUGGUUUUGGACCAGAAUGCCUGGUCAAAAAGGGACCCUGGCAGCUCUGGCUGGCACUGCUGACUGGGUCAUUAGAAGCCCCAUCA